GUGUGUUCGUCUCUGUCUGCAGAUGAAAAAAGAAGCUAACGGCGUUUAACUGCCAAAAUCCACUCCAAAAUUUCAACAAAGGAAGCAUAACAGAAACUCUGAAAUGAGCAACCCAGCUGUGCCCAACCAUCGGAGGACCAAGCCUGGAGGCAUAAAGCCAGCACCUGUGACCAGUGGCGUGACAGGACCGUCCUCUCAGAUCCCUGGUCUGUCCCAGACUGCUGAUGAAAGCACUCCAGUGGAGAGGGCCAGUGGACGGCGAGUUGGGAUAUUUGAGAGUGACUCGGACUACAUCAAGCUUGCAAAACAGGGAGGACACAAAGGACUGUUGAGUCAUGAUGCUGAUGGGGAUGAUAAACCAAAGAAAGUGUACAAUCCACCCACAAGCUGGUUUGGACCUGAUGAGUCAAAGAGUGGAAACAAAGCAACGUCUCCCAACAGCCAGAUGAAGGGGGGCAGCCAGCCCCUGUUUGCGCCGUUUGGCACUGAUAACAAUGGGUCCUGGGAAAGAGAGACUGAUAGCUUUUCCCCUGAUAAAGUUAAGGAGUCUCCUGAUGGUGUUGCCAAUGAGUUGGAGGGUCUCACUCUAACCAACAAAUACAAGAGAGUAUGUCAUGAUAAGAAGGCUCCUCCUGUCAGCAUGUCCAUGCUGCUGAGUCAUGGUUAUGUGGAAGAGCAGAAGUCUCCCAAUGACGACGAUGCCUCAAGUAUGACCUCAGAGCAAACCAGCACCAUUGCAACGGAGGAUGUGGACGACGUGGAGUAGUGUGCACAGGUUCUCAUCUAGAGGGAUAAGAGCGGGGGUCGUCCUGAGUCCAGUUCAUGGUGUCACAAUUCCACGAACACGCCACUCUGCCCGUCUCAGAUUCACUUGCAUUAAUUGUACAUCCACUGACUAUUAGUUUUUUUAUUCAUGUUUAUGCAAAGGGUACUGUCAUUUUUUGUUUGCUUUAAUUUAAAAAACGAGUUGGCACAUAUUUUGUUGAGUAGACGUGUUGCUGCGCGCAGUAUUAUUUUGUUCAGUCCGUGUUUUGUCGUGCCUCAAUUUGAAAGACAAGUUGUGCACUGGGAGGUAAAAUAACAAUUCGGUUGAAAACUAAAAACAGCCUUACCUGCUAAAUCUUCCAUUUGGCUGGUGGCUGCUGUUGACUUCCCUCCCUGGUUGUAUGAAGGUUGAGUUAGUGAAUUUUAGUGUUAGGUGUGCUAUAAAGAAUUGUGGUUCCAGUGAUGUGAAACAUUUGUUUUGAUCAAGGGCUCCUGCUUUCUGAUGGGAUGUCCGAGGUGUGUGUGUGUGUGUGUGUUCUCAGCUGCAGAGGUGGAUAUGAUCAUUCGUUGAGACGGCAACCCUGCAGCUGUGACCACAUGCCGAAAUGUGUACUGAUGGCUACUUGCGCAGUGGUUGGUUAAUAAAAGGGGCCAAACAUGAUUUUUUUUGGUUGCUGCUCUGCAAAAGGCUUCUCUUCUUAUCAGUUUUUUUUUUUAGAUUUUCCUCAAACAGAAACAUUCAUUCAAUUAUAGUGUGUUACUCUGCAAGCUACAUUUUCAUGAAGAAGUUUUGUCUUGUAAUCAGAAUAAGCAUAGUCAAAAGAAAACACAUUCAGCUGAAAUUGCUUAAUUAUCUCAAAUAAGGUUUUAGCUUGAGAAGAGAAACUGCCUGCACAUUUAAAUUUCACGUCACUGCCUAUUAUAUAGGAAGCUUGUGUUAAUAAGGGUGCCAAGCUCGUCCUGUUAUGUCAGAAGCUUGCUACUGAUUGCUAAUUAGGUGUUUUCUCCACAUCACUGAGUUGUGUUCACCUUCAGCUUUGUGCAACAACAGAUAAAACGUUCUGUGAAGUUUUAGGAACUAAAGGAGCCACCUUCUGCAGACUGACAACCCAAAAGUCAAUCUCGCUGUAAUUCCCUGUGAAGAUUAAGGCAGAGUUUUUAAAAAGAAAAUGUGAGUUCUGAACAUGCCAACUAAGCAGUUUUCCCCUGCUCAUGCAGUGUUUUGACUUAGUAGACACCAGGAGAAGUUAGUAUUAAUACACAACCUGCUCACAAGCAAACCCUCCAUCUCAUCACAUGUGUUUUUCUGCCUGGUGGGAUUUUGUCUGUUCAGAUGAGAGAAAAAGUUAAUGCUUUAUCAUUUACGUAAAAA